AUGGCUGGAGUUUCAGUAGCAAUACCUAAUUUUUCAGGCGGUAUGGAUGAGGAUAUUAAUACUUUUGUCAGGAGAUUUCAUGGGUUUCUAGAUAGUAUUAAUAUUAAUGUAAGAGAAAACACACAAAGAGUUCAAGCUACAGGUCUAUUCCGAAGUGCUUUGUCUGGACCUGCUGCAAAUCUUCAAGCUAGAACUAUGGCGCAGAUGAAUACUUCUAAUAGUUUUAGACUGCAUUCUUUGGCACAUGCCUUUGCACAUCGUCCUGGAAAUAAUGCAAUUACAGUAGGGGCUGUAGAGGCUAGAAUGGUCCCACCAAAAGCUUUUGCAGAAGAUUGGACUAAUUCUGGUGGAGAGCCUACAGAUGAUGCACCUAGAUUUGCUGGAAAUAGUGGUGCUGUUCCUAUAAUAUUAGUUGGAAUUCAGCUCGGUCAAGCUAUUUACUACUUUGAAAACUUCUAUCCUUCAGUAUUAGAAGAAAGAUGCAAAGUACAAUUUGGUACUCUUGAUCAAGGUAAUGAUCCGGUUAAAACUUUCUAUGAAAAAGUUAAAAAAUAUGGCAAACUACUGAAUUUUGGCGAUGAAGUAGUUAAUCAUCAAUUCUUUAGGGGGCUAUCUCCAGACAAUCAACUUGAAGUGGAACAAAUUGGGGCUGAAAAAACUGUAAGUGAAUUAGUUAAAAAUUUAGAAAAAGUUGAAAAACGAAAAUCUGAAAUGAGAUUGGGCCUAUCCAAGAGAACAGGAGGUACUGACCAUCAAGCUCAAAUACAGCCUACAUCAGCAGGAUCACAUAAGCCAAGUCAUUCUGGAUUUUCGCCAGAAGAUGUGGAUAGAAUGAUCAAAAGUGCUACUGAAAAAAUUACACAAAAUUUUCAGUUACAGAUUCAGGAAUUACAAGCAAAAAUUCCAAAAGUUCCAUAUCAAAAAAAUAUUGAGACAGAAAUUCCUACUAAAACAAUAACAGUCCUAGAUCAUUUUAAAAAACCAGUCCAAACAAAUCUUACUGUUGAGGAAUGGAAUAAAAUGUUUAAUUCUGAUCCAACUGAAUUUCAUGAAGAACAAUUGCGUAAAUCUCAAUAUAUAAAGCCAAUCUCUGACACUAAUAGAAUAGCAAAUAGAAUUGCUGAAAGGCUUGAGCAAAGAAGACUUGAUAAGGAAAUUGCAGACCUUUCCAGUGGAAUUUAUUCUCUUAAUAUUAAUGAUCCUGUUCCUGAUCCUAUGGAUACUACUAAUUUGAUUCAUGAAAUUGCUACUGAUGAUGAUGAAUAUACUCUCCAAUUAGUUCAAAAAAAAAAAAAGAUUAUUCAUGAAUUAAUUAUAGAGGAAUUGACUCAUUUGGGAUUAACUAAGAAAACUACAAGCAAAGAAAUUCAGAAGUUUAGUGAAGCUUAUUCUGAUGGUUCUAUGGAUAUCGAUCUUUUGCAUUUAGAUAAUAAAAAAGAUUUAGCAUCUGUUGAAGGUGUAGUAGAGGAAAAUUAA